ACUUUAACACAAUUAGAGCGGCGGCGAACACAGCUGAUGCAAUUAUUUGACACUGAAAAUUUUUUCUGCAGAGUGAUUGAAAUAUCUGUACAUUAAUUUCAAUAUGAAUGAAAUCUCGCGGUUAAUACGCAUUAUCAAAAUUAUAAAUAUUAUGUGCGUGAUGGUGAAGAUGUAUUUGCUUGUGCGCCAACGAUUAAAGAGGAGAUGGUGGGUACGUCCAGUAAAUCUUACUAGACAACGUCUUGGUUUCCAUGAAACCUGUUUUGCCCAAUUAAAACUGAACGAUAAGGAGGAUUUCUUUAAAGCAACACGAAUGAGUGUCACCAAGUUCAAUGUCCUUUUAACUCUGCUUAGAGAAAAGCUUCAACGGUUUUCCAGGAGAGAACCAAUAAACGAAGAGAUCCGCUUGGGAAUUACUUUGACAUACUUAUCACAAGGCUGCAGUCCACAGUUUUUGGCUUGGACCCACAAAAUUGGCGUUUCUACAAUAAGAAACAUAAUUUACGAAACAUGUGAUGCGAUUUGGAGCGAAUUACAUUCAGUAUAUGUUUCCCCACCAAAUGAAAGAGAGUGGAAGGACAUUGCCGACAGGUUUUAUGUGAAGACAGGAAUGCCGCAUUGCCUUGGUGCAAUAGACGGUAAACACAUAAGAAUAGUUUGCCCUAAGCGUAGUGGUUCUCUCUACUACAAUUAUAAAAAGACAUUUAGUAUCGUCUUAAUGGCAAUGUGUGAUCCCGACUAUUCGUUCGUGUUUGUCGAUGUAGGUGCGUUGGGAAGCCAAAGCGAUGGUGGAAUCUUCGCUCGUAGUGCCUUUGGAAACAUGAUACUGAGAAACAAUCUUGAACUUCCUCCUGCUGAUAAUCUUCCCGGUACAAAUACAAGAUUUCAAUACUAUUUUGUGGGAGACAACGCUUUCCCCCUGAAGCCGAACCUAAUGCGCCCAUAUCCAGGUCGGAAUUUGUCAACAGCUAAGCAAAACUUUAAUAAAAAACUGUCAUCUGCCCGAGUACAUAUUGAAAACGCUUUUGGUAUUUUGGCAAAUAGAUGGCGAAUACUCCACACGACUAUCCACGCAGCACCGAAAAAUUUGGAUAAGAUAGUACUAGCCACAGUAGUUCUCCACAACUAUUUAAUGCUUGAUAGAAACAGCGGCUACUUCGAUCCAAACUUAGUAGAUCACGUAGAAAAUGGGGUUUUUACACCAGGGACAUGGAGACAAACUUCGACAGGAAUGACAUCCAUCCGCAUUUCCCAAGCCAACCGUUCUACAGCUGAAGCAUUUCAAGCGAGAGAUGAAUUGGCGGAACAUUUACUCAAUAAUUAAACGUUUUUUUAUAUUUUAAAUGCACUU